ACAGAUAUGACAUCACUACUUUGAUUUGAGUAAAAUUUUCUCUAUAAAUAAAAGAACAAACAAACCAUAAGCCAAAUCCUCGCACAAGUAGAAAAAAACACAAACAUCCUGAAACUAGAAGAGAGAGACAAAAUGUUAUACUUCAUCCUUCUCCCUCUUCUAUUUCUUGUAAUAAGUUACAAAUUUCUCUACUCCAAAACGCAACGUUUCAACCUUCCUCCAGGACCACCGUCACGACCCUUCGUCGGCCAUCUCCACCUCAUGAAACCGCCGAUCCACCGUCUCCUCCAACGCUACUCCAACCAAUACGGCCCAAUCUUUUCCCUCCGUUUCGGCUCCCGACGCGUCGUGGUCAUAACAUCCCCUUCUCUCGCCCAAGAAUCCUUCACCGGCCAAAACGACAUCGUUCUCUCCAGCCGGCCGCUCCAACUCACCGCCAAAUACGUCGCAUACAACCACACAACCGUUGGUACAGCUCCUUACGGCGACCACUGGCGUAACCUCCGCCGCAUUUGCUCCCAAGAGAUUCUCUCCUCUCACCGUCUCAUCAACUUCCAACACAUCCGCAAAGACGAGAUCUUACGGAUGCUCACACGCCUCUCACGUUACACACAAACCUCCAACGAAAGCAACGAUUUCACUCACAUCGAGCUAGAACCGCUCUUAUCUGAUCUAACAUUCAACAACAUAGUAAGAAUGGUUACAGGGAAGAGAUAUUACGGCGACGACGUCAACAACAAAGAAGAAGCAGAGCUAUUCAAGAAGCUAGUCUACGAUAUCGCCAUGUAUAGCGGCGCUAAUCAUUCCGCUGAUUACUUACCAAUACUAAAACUAUUCGGAAACAAAUUCGAGAAAGAAGUUAAAGCUAUAGGCAAAUCAAUGGAUGAUAUUUUGCAGCGUUUGUUAGAUGAAUGUAGAAGAGAUAAAGAAGGUAACACAAUGGUCAAUCAUUUGAUCUCUCUACAACAACAACAACCUGAGUAUUACACUGACGUUAUCAUCAAAGGCCUUAUGAUGUCGAUGAUGCUCGCCGGAACUGAGACCUCCGCUGUGACAUUAGAGUGGGCGAUGGCGAAUCUACUGAGAAAUCCAGAAGUACUGGAGAAGGCGAGAUCGGAGAUCGAUGAGAAGAUCGGAAAAGAUCGACUAAUCGACGAAUCAGACAUCGCAGUGCUUCCUUACCUCCAAAACGUCGUCUCCGAAACAUUCCGGCUAUUUCCGGUGGCGCCGUUUCUAAUCCCUCGAUCACCGACGGACGACAUGAAAAUCGGAGGUUACGACGUCCCGCGAGAUACGAUAGUGAUGGUUAACGCUUGGGCUAUACAUAGAGAUCCAGAGAUUUGGGAGGAGCCAGAGAAGUUUAAUCCAGAUCGAUAUAAUGACGGAUGCGGAAGCGAUUACUAUGUUUACAAGCUGAUGCCGUUUGGGAAUGGCCGGAGAACUUGUCCCGGCGCCGGAUUAGGUCAGAGGAUUGUGACAUUGGCGCUUGGAUCGUUGAUUCAAUGCUUUGAAUGGGAGAAUGUGAAAGGGGAAGAGAUGGAUAUGUCUGAGAGUACUGGGUUGGGUAUGCGUAAGAUGGAUCCUUUACGGGCCAUGUGUAGGCCUAGGCCCAUUAUGUCAAAGCUUUUACUCUAAUAAGAUGAGUAGAGGUUAAAAAAGAAAAAAUAACUUAUUGGAUGUAACUGGUAAUUAUCUUUAAGAUAAAGAUGAAUAAAAUGAAUCUUUGCCUCAUAAAUAACAAAUAAAUAAUAGAUAAUUUAGAUU